AUGAUAUCCGCCGAUAAGAACAAUCCAUCAGUUACAGUGGAGCAGCAAACAAAGAAGGGUGACCAACUAACGUUAGUGCCAAAGCGAGUACGGUGUGCUGUUUCGAUGCGUGCUGAUGACACAGAUAAAUGGGGGAAUGAAGCGCUCGAUGAGCGCGAAGAUUACCCACUUGUGCUUCGUGACUCAUCGAUCAAGAAUGACUUACUGAACCGUCUGAACACGUUUCGGUGUAACAGAGAACUGUGUGACAUUGUCCUUUUUGUAAGGGAACGCGAGAUCUUUGCACAUAAAGUUGUUCUUGCCGCUGUAUCUCCUGCCCUUUUCGACAUGUUUCUAACGGAGAAUGAGGACGAAAGUAGUGCAGGAUCUACCAAUGGACAUUCGGAGAACGAGCCGAGUACACAGUUCACCACAACAUUGGCUGUGGCACCAUCGACAAAGAAGCCGAUGGCGUACUUCGAUUUUGCUCAAACUGACUACGAUUGUUUUGAAGCUCUCGUCAACUUCGCAUAUACUUCCUACCUCGAAAUCAGCUCCAAAAAGGUUGCUGAGCUGUACAAAACUGCUUUUGCACUUCAAAUGACUCCAGUCGUGAAGGCGUGCGCCAAUUUUCUUGCGGAGAAUCUUAAUUUGAAGAAUUGUAUUGGUAUACGACGGCAGGCCAACUUUAACAAUGACGUGUAUUUACUGGGGAAAGUCGAUACCUUUAUACAGGAGAACUUUGAGAAGAUUGUUGAUGAAAGUGUGGAGUUCACGCAGUUACCGUGUGUUAAGACGCGGAUCAUUUUGCCUGCAGAGGAUGGCAGGGCUGCAAACCUCGAGAAAGGCACUCAUAUUGCGGAAAGUGCACUUGACUACUUUAAUCGACUACCUCAUGAUAGAGCAGAACACUCUAUUGAAAUGCUCACACAUAAGACAACCUUGCUUUAUUUGGGAGAAGACCAGAUGUUGACAGAUUGUGCAGAAAUGGAUGAUAAGUCUUCUGUUGGCAGUUGUGAUAUUAUUCAGGACUACAAAAGAAGUGGGAAAGAUGCUGCAAGAGCGGCAAGUGGAUCAAUGGAAGCGAAUUUCAACGCGCCCAUUCAACAUCGUGUAACUGGAGCAGUCCCAGUUAGACUUAAUGCCAGCCGUGUUCCAAAUGUGCGAUAUUCUUCAACAGAAUCCUUGAAUUCGUUGGAUUCUAAUGACAGUGACCCACAAGAUACUAUAGAAACACGACUUAUUGCUAUGCAUCAAACUUCUUCUGAUUACUGGGUUGCACUUGGUGUGCUCUAUCGUCGUCUAAUUGUACUGAGCAUCCAGCUUACCGAUGAUGAGGAUAUAACAAAAAAUAAAGCCAGCAAUGGCGGCGUCGACCCACAGAAAUCAGUUUUGCUGUCUCGUUUGAUUUCCUGCACAGGAAGUCAGCGACGUCCCCUGGCUACGAUGAAUGGAGCGCGUUGCGCAAUUGGAGCUUCCUUUGUCAACGGCAAAAUUAUUGUCUGUGGAGGCUACGAUCGAGGUGAAUGUUUGAAAUCUGUCGAAGAGUAUGAUGUUGUAAGAGGCGAGUGGAAACAACUGCAGUCUAUGAAGGAUGAAAGGGGACGAUUUGAUAGUGCCGUUCUGAAUGGAAUGGUUUAUGCUGUGGCUGGUAGCAACGGCAAUAAUGAUCUGAAAACUGCUGAAGUGUACAAUCCAAAAACCAAUCAAUGGUCUGCAAUUCCACCUCUUAGUAAAGCGAGAAGCCACAAUGGUUGUGCUGCACUGGAUGGGUUCAUAUUUUGUGUAGGUGGUUCAUCUGAUCAAGAGGUACUUAGAGAUUGUGAGCGAUUCGACGUAUCCCGUCAGGUGUGGGAACCGAUCGCGCCGAUGGAGUUAGCUAGAUAUCAGGCCGGAGUAAUAGCCUGGCGUGGUCUUGUUGUCGCAUGUGGAGGUUGUGACAGAUGGAAUUGCAUGGACAGUGUUGAAGCGUACGAUCCAAAAACGAAUACAUGGCGCAUGUUGUCGAAGAUGCGCGUUGCAAGAAGAGGAUGUGCCGUAGCUGUAAUACGUGACACGCUGUAUGUGAUCGGUGGACACGACGGUCAGCAGUCGCUAUCAUCUGUUGAAGUGCUCGAUCAUCCGGCCGCCGCCUGGCGCCCCGGACCACCCCUCACCACGCCUAGGGCAAAUACGCAUGCGGUAGUGACGGCAGGAAAUGUGAUCUAUGCCAUUGGUGGAUUCAACGGAAACCAGUUCUUGAAUUCGAUAGAGCUGAUGGACAGCGAGCUUGUCGGCUGGCGCAAUUGGCAACUAUCAGGUCCGAUCCCACUGACGGAAGAAGAUGAAGAUGCAGAGCCAUCUUCCACAGCCCCCAUAUCCCCUGAACCGAGAAUUGAAGCGAAAGCUGUUAAAACAUCCUCGUUCGGGUGGUCAUCUGGAAUGUUCAUUUGCUGUCCUACCAUUAAAAUGCGCUCUAAUUUGGUAAGUUCGGAGUACGGAAAAUACGAAAAAGGUGAAGGUCUGAAGAACACCGGAAGUGAAACUACAUUGUCACGGAGUUGGAUGCUUUUUAUGCGUCGCCAGAAAUGUUCCCAGCCUCGACAUCAGACGCUAACAAGCUUCGAUGAGUUUCAAUGGCCACCUUUCAACGUGAAUAUAGCCGCUGAGACCAGACGAGCAGUUGCUGAAAAGUCGCCGCGAACGCAAGUUGAAAAUGAUAUCCGGGUUCUCCACCGUAUUGUGGAACCUGAAUGUAAUAGGUGGAACCCUACAUUGAGGUUACUCGUGAUUGUUAAAUCGUCUGUCCACAAUGAACAACAAAGGAAUGCUAUUCGAAGAACAUGGGGAUCACAUAGAAACUCCAGUCGAGUUGUGUUCAUUUUGGGAACAGCGCCGGAUGCACCGGUCACCGUCAAGCACGCUUUGUUGAAAGAACUUCACAACCACAGUGACAUCCUGCAUGUUGAUGUUGUGGAUACCUAUAGAAACAAUACUUUGAAGUUUCUCCAUUCAAUCAGUUAUGCCUUUAAACCUAACCACGGAUGUCCCUCGCCUGACUUUCUAUUUCUCGUCGAUGACGAUUAUAUGGUCCAAGUUGGUGCGCUGCUCCAAUAUAUUGCUAGGAAAAAUGUCUCUCAACAUUUAUAUGAAGGCUGGAGAUUUGACACGACGCCGUUCAGGGUUCGCUUCCACAAGCAUGCGGCCUCGUUGAAGCUGUAUCCUUUCGAUCGAUAUCCUCCUUAUAUAUCAGCAGGAGCCGUAUUGCUGUCACGUGAAACAUUUUCGUACUUUUACUAUGCGAUGCAACUAGUCAAGUUGUACUCUUUCGAUGACAUAUAUGCUGGUAUAUUAGCGUAUUUACUUGGAAUCCCACCGACACACAAUGAAGCAUUCAUUUUCUGGAGCAGAUCAAUCGAUCCAGAAGAAUGGCGCUCUGGCAAAAUAUUAGCUGCACACGGAUAUUCAUAUCAUCGGAUACUUGAUGAGUAUCCAUCUAUUAUUGGUGUUAGUUAA